UAAGAACUGCCCACUAUGUCUUUUAUCAACCCCGUGGAUAUGGUGGAUGAGGACGCCGCCGACCUGCAGUUUCCCAAAGAGUUCGAAAAUGCCGAGACGCUGCUGAUAUCGGAGGUGCACAUGCUUCUCGAUCACCGCAAGCGACAAAACGAAUCCGCCGACGAGGAGCAAGAGUUCUCCGAGGUCUUCAUGAAGACAUACGCCUACACGGAUAGUUUUCGGAAGUUCAAAAACAAGGAGACCAUUAUGUCUGCGCGAAGCUUGCUGAUGCAGAAAAAGCUGCACGAAUUCGAACUGGCCGCACUGGGUAAUUUGUGUCCGGAGGCGCCCGAGGAGGCCAAGGCGCUGAUUCCUUCACUAGAGGGUCGCUUCGAGGAUGAGGAGCUGCGCCAAAUACUUGACGAUAUCGGCACUAAACGCAGCUUACAAUACUACAAUACUACUACUACUACGUAUAAAUAUACUUAGGUAUGAAGUCAUGGUCCACAUAAACAAUAAAGUCAAGAACAGCAAGAAUUUUAAUUUAAGGCAGAAUACGCACUAUAACAAUCACCAACCGAGUCUAAAUACAAUGUAAUUAAUACUUGGAUAAAAAAUAUAUAAUAAACCGAGUCGACAUAUCAAAAUAUUUCAUUAAAACUAAACUGACUAUAAAAUACACUCAAAUGGCACUACCAAAAGCAAAAGACUUAUUUAUCUGAGCCACAACAGCGUAAUUUACAAAUAUAACGCCAAUUACUUUUUCAUUCUUCAAAAUGUAUACCAUGAAACUAUUAGCCCUAACAGUAUCGUAACAAUUCUAAAAAGUAUAAUUAAACUAAAUGGUAUGAACUCACUGAAUUUAAUUAAUUAUUAUUAUUAUUAUUACACCCUGGUAUCGAGAAAAUUACACGACUUUUAAAAGGAACUCACAAUAAUAAAUAAGUUCAAAAUAGCAUUCAUGAUUGCGAAUUCGUCAAUCUUGCAAAAACAGAACAUAGACCAACAAAACUAAUUUUUGAAAUACAACAACUUUACGUUAUUUAUUUUUAUGCUAUUGACAAUGAACAAUGUCUAUCCUGUAUUGACGUGUACUAAAACUUUGCAUCACUUAUAAAAAAAAAUAGUAGAGAUUGGCUAAAAGCCAAAAGAGCCCUAACUAGAAUAUUUAAUGACAUGGAAAACCACAGAAAAUGAAAGCAGACAAGGACUCAUCGUUUAAGAUCAUUUUAUUAAACAUCUUCAAAAGUUUGGCUGACUAAUGAAGGAGUGUGAUUAAUAUCACCACCAGCAAAACAAGAAUCGCCUUCACAAAACAAUAAAUGAAAUAAGAGAGAAUAAUAUAGUCGAGUUCCCCGACUAUCAGAUACCCGUUACUCAGCUUGUGGAAAUGCGAACGCGCAUUUUUGCUGAUUCGUGGGCGUUAGAGUGGAGUAGAUUUAAAAAAAAUAUCCAAAACUGUUUCAGAAAAGUGGGCAUUUUUUCAUACAACCCACGCAAAAAAGUUGCCUUUGCCAGAUUGCACGAGAUGUGGUUGUAUUUGCUAGCCCUUUUGAUUACACUCUUUUAGCAGGUAUUUAGGUUUCAGUCAGAAGUUACCAUCGAAUCUAAGGAGACAUUUGCGAGCACAUAUGGUUAUAUAUUCCCGAUAUAUAUAGUAAGUCCGUUACUCAGGCGUAAAUCUUCUGCAUGACACAUUUCUAAGACUUCAUUCUACUGGAGGAACCGUGAAACCGCCCACAAUCCGUAAAAACUGACACGCCCACAGUAUUGGAGAAUGUUUUGAUUUUUCUUUGUUAUAUUUAGGCAUGCUCCGUAAUCGUAGUUUUUUCGAAUUCGAUUUGGGUAAAAUUCAAAAAAAUUGUUGUUUGCAUUCAACAGUAAACAGCUGUGUUAGCCUUCUCGCAGAAAAUGGAGCUGCAACCAUGUUCACAGUUUCAAGUUCGAUGUUCGCGAUUACUUUUUCAAUGUAUUUUGACAAUUUAAGUAAUUAAAAUUAAUAACAUUAUUUACGAACAACACUUUUGGCCAUCAAUUUUUUUCCUUAUUAAAUCAGAUCUGAUUUGAUUUAAAAUAAGGUAUAUUUACUUUUUAUUUCGGACAGACAAAAGAUCACGUUUUACAAAUCGAAAAAAGUUUACGAAUUCGAAAACCGGAGCAUCGUUUAGCGGAGCAUGCCCGAUUGUUUAUCUUGUCAGUUUCAACCAAUAGUCCAAAAAAUAUUGAAGUUUCUCAUUUACACUUCCAACUAGCCGCUUUAAAUUGUUUUAAGUUUUACUCAAAGCUAGACAAUGCGGAUAUAAGUGGCUACUAUAUACACUACAUACAACUUAAAGCCAAAGAUUAUAGAGACAGCCAAAAUCAACAAUUGCCAGGCGUAGACAGUCUUCGCCUUCGCUGCCGUGCAUGCAGAAGUCAUCUUUACAUUUUUAUGAUUUCAUCCUUAUGAAGGGCGUAACCACAUGUCGCACCUAUUACAUGCCUGCUUAAUUCAUGAUUGACUAUUCGUGCAAGCGAUUAACAUAGAAGAACCUAAAAAUGGGUCGAGCGUAUAUCGUUGAGAUAUUGACGCACAGUAAAUAAAAUAUCGUUUGUGUAUUAUAUAAGACAAACUUACAUGGGCGACAUUUGUAAGCGACUUCGACAAUUUUUUUGCGCUUGGGACAAGGAUCGCUGCUUAUUGCAUUGGAGCUGGCUGUGCUGCUGUGAUAGCUGCUGGUUCCAGACGAGUCGCCCACACCGCUGGAGCCCUGGCCGUAGAAUUCUGGGGAUCCGUGGAACUUGCAGUGCUUCUUCUUUUGGCAGGCCUCGACGACAGUUUGCAGUAAGGAGUACUGAGAGUGGGAAGAACAAACACAAGGAUUAGUCUCCUGACUUAUUUUCAAUAGCUAAAAUGCAUGCAGCGAAAA